AUGUCCGAAGAAGAGGAGGAGGGACUAAGCGAAGAACAGGAAGAAAACAUUUUUACAAAGCUUCAGCCUCGCCGCAGUAAGGGUGAGGUAGUAAGUGGAGGACGAGGAUUCCCCGGAGAGAUUCAAAAUGGCGAACAGUACACAGUGAAUCUAGGUGCUCCGGCAGUGGACAUAAUGAACCGCAUGGUGAUGACCUUCAUUGAUGGUCAGGAGCACCUAGAUAGUGAGGAGAACUGGAGAGCAUGGUGUGAAUCCAACGGAUGUCCAACUAUGGGAAACAAUUAUGACCUCUUCGUGAUGGAAAUGUAUGAACGGCCCUCACAACACAAUUUAUUUCAAGCACUGCGCAUGCGUUACAAUAUAGAUGUUAACAUUGCAGAGAAGCCAAAUGGCGAGAACAUGCACUUCUACUACGAUGUCACACUAACUGCAGACACGAAAGAUUCGCUUGUCGCCGCGGUGAACUACUUGGUGAGCUUUGCGCCCAAGAAAUUUAAAAUCCACCUCUGCACGCCAUGCGACUAUAGAAUGAAUAAUACCCUAAUUCCGGAAAGCGCAAUCGAGCAGUAUAUUGGAGGAGAAUUAGAGGAAGGAUGCGAAGAAGAGGAGUGCGAGGAUGAAGAGGAAGAGAAAAAUAACUAG